UUUUUGUGUAAUGCUAAUGAAAUUCCAGCCGUUGGUUCAUCUAUCUUCCCUCCCACAUCUUCUAGUUAUCUCCUCUUGAGCAGGAGUUAAAGAGAAUGAUGAUGGCAUCUUCUACUUUACUGGAUGCUUCUGUCAGAACCUCCACACUAACUACUACCACCAUUAAUAAGCACAGCAUCUUAUCCUCUUCAAAUCCUACAAGCAUCAGAACCCCUCAGCUUGCUCUGCACAGUCAAAGGAAACCUCUACUUUCUGUACAUGUUCUUUCCAAGAAUGUUCUUCAUCAGUUGCCAACAUGUUUACAAGAUUCUAUUCUUCAGACAUCCCUUGUUCCUCUAACUGCUUCUCUUGCUCUUCUCCUGUUCUUCAGUCCUGCAGCAAAUGCCGGAUUACUCUCGGGUUCAACUGGAAUAGAAUCUGUCCCUGGUCCCGAGUUGCCUAAAAUUGAAUUCCUCAACAAAUUUAAUGAGGAAAACCAAAAAAGAUAUGCAGAAAAUGAUGCAAGAUUCAAAGACUCUCCGGUGCUUAAGGAAUUGCUUGAGAAAUCCAAGAUAAAUAAAGAGAAGAACAAACAAGCAAUCUUGGACAAAUAUUGCUUGCGCGGUGCAGAAUGGGGUGUUGGAGAUUGUUCAACAGAAGGGAUGAGACCGGAUGAAAGAGAUGAAUUCAUUGCAAUGUUAAGGAAGAAAACUGGAAUAGAAUGAUCAGAAUAUAGAUGAGCACAAUUGUUUGUUGUUUUCCAAAUAAUAGUGGAUGUCAGUGAGUAUAGUAUGGUGUUAUCAACUAUUGCUAAGUUACAAUUCACAUAAUAUUCUUCUCUCUUUUUUACUGUUUUACAAUUGAUGGGGAUAGAUCAUUAUUCAUUCA